GGAAGAUGUACAGGCAGCAGUGCGCGCACCUCUGAGACUGUGAAGGCUGAAGAUAUCCCGGCCCGCGGGCUCCUGCUUCGCGGAGUUGGGCAGCAAGAGCUGCCUGUUAGGGGAAGUGCAUCACGUUCACCGCUACUCCGAGGGGACCUUUCCUUUCCACUGGAGCGGAGUGAGAGUGCUGCCAUGGCGGCCCCUGCUCAGCCCAAGAAAAUCGUGGCUCCUACGGUGUCCCAGAUCAACGCGGAGUUCGUAACCCAGUUAGCAUGUAAAUACUGGGCUCCUCAUAGCAAGAAAAAAUCACCUUUUGAUAUAAAGGUCAUUGAAGAUAUAUAUGAAAAAGAGAUUGUCAAAUCGAGGUUUGCCAUCAGAAAGAUAAUGCUCUUGGAAUUUAGCCAGUAUCUUGAAAAUUACCUCUGGAUGAAUUAUUCUCCAGAGGUGUCCAGCAAGGCCUAUUUAAUGUCAAUCUGCUGUAUGGUGAAUGAGAAAUUCAGAGAAAAUGUCCCUGCAUGGGAGACUUUUAAGAAGAAGCCAGACCACUUCCCAUUUUUUUUUAAAUGUAUCUUGAAAGCAGCAUUAGCUGAAACCGAUGGUGAAUUUUCACUCCAUGAACAGACGGUCUUACUGCUUUUUCUUGAUCAUUGCUUCAAUAGUUUGGAAGUAGACUUGAUACGGAGUCAAGUACAGCAGCUUAUCUCCCUCCCAAUGUGGAUGGGCUUACAGCCUGCACGAUUGGAAUUAGAAUUAAAGAAGACACCUAAGCUAAGAAAGUUCUGGAACUUGAUUAAAAAGAAUGAUGAAAAGAUGGAUCCAGAAGCAAGAGAACAAGCCUAUCAAGAAAGAAGAUUUCUUUCACAGCUCAUACAGAAGUUUAUCUCUGUGCUGAAAUCAGUGCCUCUUUCUGAACCAGUCACUAUGGAUAAAGUUCAUUACUGUGAAAGAUUCAUUGAACUUAUGAUUGACCUAGAGGCCCUACUCCCCACAAGGCGCUGGUUUAAUACCAUCCUGGAUGACUCCCACCUUUUGGUUCACUGUUACCUCUCCAAUCUUGUUCAUAGGGAAGAGGAUGGCCAUCUUUUUUCCCAGCUUUUGGACAUGCUUAAGUUCUAUACUGGUUUUGAGAUUAACGACCAGACUGGAAAUGCGCUGACAGAGAAUGAGAUGACCACAAUUCACUAUGACAGAAUUACUUCUCUACAGAGAGCUGCUUUUGCACAUUUCCCUGAACUCUAUGAUUUUGCCCUCUCAAAUGUGGCAGAAGUAGAUACUCGGGAAUCUUUGGUCAAGCUUUUUGGACCUCUCAGUUCAAAUACACUCCACCAGGUGGCAUCAUACCUCUGCUUGUUACCAACUCUUCCUAAAAAUGAAGACACAACUUUUGAUAAAGAAUUUCUUCUAGAAUUGCUGGUAUCUCGUCAUGAACGUCGAAUUUCUCAGAUUCAGCAGUUGAACCAGAUGCCUUUGUAUCCAACUGAGAAAAUCAUAUGGGAUGAAAAUAUUGUCCCAACUGAGUACUAUUCUGGGGAAGGUUGUCUUGCUCUUCCCAAGUUGAAUUUGCAGUUUUUGACUCUUCAUGAUUACCUCUUAAGGAAUUUUAAUCUCUUCCGCUUAGAAUCAACUUACGAAAUUAGGCAGGACAUCGAGGAUAGUGUCAGCAGAAUGAAGCCAUGGCAAUCUGAGUAUGGUGGUGUAGUGUUUGGUGGUUGGGCACGAAUGGCCCAGCCUAUCGUGGCUUUCACUGUAGUUGAGGUUGCCAAGCCCAACAUAGGUGAAAACUGGCCAACCCGAGUUCGUGCGGAUGUUACCAUCAAUCUGAAUGUCAGAGAUCACAUCAAAGAUGAAUGGGAAGGUCUUCGUAAGCAUGAUGUAUGUUUUUUAAUUACUGUACGGCCCACAAAACCUUAUGGUACUAAGUUUGACCGGAGGAGACCUUUUAUUGAGCAAAUUGGCCUGGUUUAUGUGAGAGGCUGUGAAAUCCAGGGCAUGCUGGAUGAUAAAGGGCGUGUCAUUGAAGACGGACCUGAGCCAAGACCCAAUCUUAGAGGAGAGUCAAGGACAUUUAGAGUGUUCUUGGAUCCAAACCAGUAUCAACAAGAUAUGACCAAUACUAUACAAAAUGGAGCAGAAGAUGUGUAUGAAACUUUCAAUAUCAUAAUGAGGAGAAAACCAAAGGAAAAUAACUUUAAGGCUGUGCUGGAGACCAUUCGGAACCUGAUGAAUACUGAUUGUGUGGUACCUGACUGGCUGCAUGACAUCAUUUUAGGUUAUGGGGAUCCAAGUAGUGCACAUUAUUCAAAAAUGCCCAAUCAAAUUGCCACUCUUGAUUUCAAUGAUACAUUUCUCUCCAUUGAGCAUUUAAAAACCAGCUUUCCUGGUCAUAAUGUUAAAGUAACUGUGGAUGACCCAGCUGUACAGAUACCCCCUUUCAGGAUAACUUUUCCAGUAAGGAGUGGAAAAGGGAAGAAAAGGAAAGAUGCAGAUGGUGAAGAUGACGAUACUGAAGAGGCAAAAACCUUAAUUGUUGAACCUCAUGUCAUUCCUAAUAGGGGUCCUUAUCCUUACAACCAACCCAAACGUAAUACAAUUCAGUUCACUCACACACAGAUAGAGGCUAUCCGUGCUGGAAUGCAGCCUGGGCUAACUAUGGUUGUGGGUCCACCAGGUACUGGAAAAACAGAUGUUGCAGUCCAAAUCAUAUCCAACAUCUACCAUAAUUUCCCAGAGCAGAGGACUCUGAUUGUUACUCAUUCUAAUCAGGCCCUGAACCAAUUGUUUGAGAAGAUCAUGGCUUUAGACAUUGAUGAGCGCCACCUCCUGCGUCUUGGUCAUGGGGAGGAAGAGCUGGAGACAGAGAAAGAUUUCAGCAGAUAUGGAAGAGUUAAUUAUGUCCUGGCUCGAAGAAUAGAACUUUUAGAAGAAGUCAAACGAUUACAAAAGAGUCUAGGAGUUCCAGGAGAUGCUUCAUAUACUUGUGAAACUGCAGGCUAUUUCUUCUUAUAUCAGGUCAUGUCUCGUUGGGAAGAAUAUAUCAGCAAAGUGAAAAAUAAAGGUAAUAUGCUGCCAGAUGUUACGGAAGUCUCCACUUUCUUCCCUUUUCAUGAAUACUUUGCAAAUGCCCCUCAGCCCAUUUUUAAAGGCCGAUCUUAUGAAGAAGACAUGGAAAUUGCUGAAGGAUGUUUCAGGCAUAUUAAGAAAAUCUUCACUCAGCUUGAGGAAUUCAGAGCUUCUGAACUGCUUCGAAGUGGACUGGACAGAUCUAAAUACCUUCUAGUGAAAGAAGCCAAAAUCAUUGCUAUGACUUGUACUCAUGCUGCCUUAAAACGACAUGAUUUAGUCAAGCUAGGUUUCAAGUAUGACAACAUUUUAAUGGAAGAGGCUGCGCAGAUCCUGGAGAUAGAAACUUUUAUACCUCUUCUUCUACAGAAUCCUCAAGAUGGUUUUAGCCGCCUGAAACGCUGGAUUAUGAUUGGUGAUCAUCACCAGUUACCUCCAGUCAUUAAGAAUAUGGCCUUUCAGAAGUAUUCAAACAUGGAGCAGUCUCUCUUCACUCGCUUUGUCCGGGUUGGAGUUCCUACUGUGGACCUUGAUGCUCAAGGGAGAGCCAGGGCAAGCUUAUGUAACCUCUACAACUGGCGAUACAAGAAUCUGGGAAACCUACCCCACGUGCAGCUCUUGCCAGAGUUUAGUACAGCAAAUGCUGGCUUGCUUUAUGACUUCCAGCUCAUCAAUGUGGAAGAUUUUCAAGGAGUGGGAGAGUCUGAACCUAAUCCUUAUUUUUAUCAGAAUCUUGGAGAAGCAGAAUAUGUAGUGGCACUCUUUAUGUACAUGUGUUUACUUGGUUACCCUGCUGAUAAGAUUAGUAUUCUAACAACAUAUAAUGGGCAAAAGCAUCUUAUUCGUGACAUCAUCAAUAGACGAUGUGGAAGCAAUCCAUUGAUUGGAAGACCGAAUAAGGUGACAACUGUUGACAGGUUUCAAGGUCAACAGAAUGAUUAUAUUCUUCUUUCUCUAGUACGAACCAGGGCAGUGGGCCAUCUGAGGGAUGUCCGUCGCUUAGUGGUGGCCAUGUCUAGAGCCAGACUUGGACUGUAUAUCUUCGCAAGAGUAUCCCUCUUCCAAAACUGUUUUGAACUAACUCCAGCUUUCAGCCAGCUUACUGCCCGUCCACUUCAUUUGCAUAUAAUUCCGACAGAACCUUUCCCAACCAGUAGAAAGAAUGGAGAGCGACCAUCUCAUGAAGUACAGAUAAUAAAGAACAUGCCCCAGAUGGCAAACUUUGUAUACAACAUGUACAUGCAUUUGAUACAGACCACACAUCAUUAUCAUCAGACUUUAUUACAGCUACCACCUGCUAUGGUGGAAGAAGUUGAGGAAGUUCAAAGUCAGGAAACAGAGUUGGAAACAGAAGAAGAGGCCAAUCCUGCUCAAACUGACCUAUCCAGUCUGACAGAUGCCACCUCUAGUCAAGAAUCCUCAGCCUCUCAGAUUGAGACCACCUGCAGUCAGACGGAGAGCACCCCUAGUCAGACAGGAGCUAGUUCCAGUCCAGAAGCCACCCCUGCUGCAUCUGAUCUCAUUGCUACUGUGGCAGGACCUGUGGCUGUACCAGCAGAAGCUCACGUCCCUCAGGAUGUCACACUGGCCCCAGAGGAGACCAAGUAGCCCAACUGUGGCCUUUCUUAGGACAUUUCUUUCAUAAAGUCUAAGUAAAGCUACUUUUUGUAUUUUAUAUUUGCUUCUGCUCUUUUAGGGUACUAAUUAGUGUUCAGUUCUUAAUUUUGUUAACCGAUCUCAGUGUUUGUCUUCUUGGAUAUAUUUAAAAGAAAAUUGCAUUGUGUGUGAACAACUUCAGUUUCAUUUAUUCAGUCAGAAGGGCAAAUAGCCAUUCCUUUGAUAUUUUUAUAAUUGAAUGUAUCUGUAAUCAUACCUAUAUUAAAAGAAUUUUUUUUUAAGAUUUUAUUUGAGAGAGAGAAUGAGAUAGAGAGAGCAUGAGAGGGAGUAGGUCAGAGAGAGAAGCAGACUCCCUGCUGAGCAGGGAGCCCGAUGCGUGACUCGAUCCCAGGAACCCAGGAUCAUGACCUGAGCUGAAGGCAGUCGCUUAACCAACUGAGCCACCUAGGCACCCAAAAGAAUUUUCUAUAGAAUACACAAGACAUACUUCCCAUUUUCAGUGAACUUCUCUAAAGGAAAGGACGGAAUACACCGAAAUUAACUAUAAACGCCCUUAAGUAAGUGUUCAGAUUGGGAGGAAGUUGUUUCUUCUCUCAUAGUAUCAGAUACUCAAGUUGUGUUUCCUUUUUUCCUACCUUUCUUGGCUGCCUUCCUUGAUGUAAAGGCAUUAACAGUCAUAGAUAGAUACAGAUUUCUCCAAUCAGUUGAAGAGACUACGUGUAUUUCCUUCUUCAAAGUCUCAUAAUGUAUUAGAAUCACCUAGGAUGUCUAUUUAUUCUUGGGGCCACUCUAGACCUAAUAAAUCAGAAUCUCAGGGUUAGGGCCCAGGUAUCUGUAUUUUAGCAGGUGCUCCUAAUGUUUGAGUUGCUAGUGGAAUGGCAUCAAAUCAAGCUGGUAAGGCUGAGCCAGGAUAUGUCAUUCAGCUAAGCGGGAAGAAGCUGGCAAAUCCAUCUGGGCAAGAAGAAAGAUCCAGAAUCUGAACAGUGAAAGUUAGUGAACUUAGCUCCCCCGUAUAGGAUAGAAUUCUCACAAUGCAGAGGUUCUGAGUCUUCUGCUAUGUUUAGUUCUCUUCAUAGAGAACCAGCCACAAGGAGAUCUUAAGGUAGAAUGUACUCGAGAUUCAGGAGGGCAGAGAUACUAGGACCUUGCUACUCAAGUGUGGUUUGCAGACCGGAAGGAUCAGCAUCCACUGAGGCUCAUUAAAACUGUAGCAGUUUGAAAAAAAAAACUGUAGCAGUUUGCACUCUAUCCUAGACCUAUUAAAUCUGAAUCUCCUUUUCAACAAAGUGCCCAGGUGAUUUAUAUGUACUGUGUAGUUUGAGAAGCAUUGUUCUGAGAUUGUUGUACUGUCCUCAACAUGAAUGAGAGGUAGAGUGACAAGUCUGUGAUGGUAAAGUUAGUAGUGAGUGUGACUGAUGUUUCCUGACAUGGGACCUCUGCUUCUAAAGUUUCCUGGGCACGGUGGCCAGAAAAGAGAAGAAGAAGGUAGGGAGAACUUGCCCACUACUUCUCUUCCCCAUUUCGGCAUCUGCUAGCAUGGCUGAUGGGGAGUAUUUCCCCGAAGUAUCCCCUCUAGCGCCUCCAGCGCCUCCACCUAAAGGCUUGACAGUGUUCAAAGAACCUUUGAAAAAGUAGGCAAGUCAAUGAUAUUUUUGACUGACUGGUGUUUGCUCAGCUCUACCAGGUUGUGGUGGAGAUGAGUCAGGCUCUCAUAUUACAAGGUGUGUUACUGCAUCUGAACAUGAAAGUGAAUGCCAAGGAAACUGUACUGGGAAACCUUGGUCUGUUUGUUACUGGAGUAAGGAUUGAGCCACAUAGUCUGUUAUAUAAUUUCUCUGAUGAUAAGAAUUUGGAAGCAAGUGUUGUGGGCCAUCUGUAUGAGGAAUAGCACUCACAGAAUUACUUUCAUCUGUGAAUAUUCUAGUAUCAGGCUAAUUGAGCGGGAAAGAAGCUUUACUGUAUUACUGUGUUUCCUGGAAAAGAUUGAUUUUUCUCUCUACCCUUUAGAGGAUAUGAAUCAUGAUACCUGCAACCAAAAUAAGCAAACUAUUAAUCUGCUUCUCAUUAAGUAAAUCAUUUUCCAGACACUGUGUAUCACUCUGUGUAGGUAGUGACUUGCUUUUUUCUUUGCUGUUUGAUUUUCUGUCACGCUAAAAAGAAAAUUUAACUGGAAGACAGGUGAGUCCUUCACUUUUGUCAAAGAAAUUUUAAAAGGGACAGUAAUGGUGGGAGUUGAAUUAUUUUAAAUUAUUUUUUCACAGGAAUGAUCAGUGAGUUAGAGUUGACUAUAGAAUUAUGGAAUUUUUAAAGGAACUUAGAGCGAUUCUUAUUUUAAAUAAUGAGGAAACUGAGUCAGAUAGUCUUAACCAGGGUGGCAGCUGUGGAAGACGGGAUAGAAUGCAAGUCUACAGUCCUAGGACAGUGUUUUGUUCAGUGUUUUUUUCAAUCAAGCCCACAAGCAUGACUGCUUCAUAAAUUCAAGAGUUUUCUAUUGGGAUUACAACAGACACAGGUACUCCGGCCAUGUGACCAUUUCAGAUUAGUGUUCUCAUUGCCCUCCAUCCUGUUUUUCAGAUCUGAAUAUGUCAUGAUUUUGGAAUCUAUUUUUAAAAGCAAACCAAAAAGAUGUAUGCAAGAGAAUGAGCAUGAAAUGAAGCAAUUCAAGUAUUUAGACUUUUUUCCCACAAAAUGCUGAGUUAAGGAAGUUCAUUACCAGCAGUUGAGAAUAAAUAGCUCCAUUGAUUUGGGCAAAUGAAUGAGAUGAUCUAAACAUUAUCAGGUCUCUUGAAGUUAGGGUGAUGAUAAAAAUUGAGAUGUUGCACUAGAUAUGGAGAAAAAUGGCAUAAAUGGGUCAUUCAUGCUCCUAUAUAAAUGGAGUUUUUUAUGAUCAGGAAACAGCAUGCUAUUGUAAAACUGACUUGGGACUCACACAGACCUCGCUCAAAUUUUACCUCAUUUGUUCAUCAGCAUUUGGUUUGACCUUAGAUACGUUUUAUAACCUUUCUAAGCCCCAGUUUUCUUUCUUCUCAAAAUUGGAAAAACACCUAUUUGUUAAUGAGGUAAUGUUUGUGAAAAUAUCUGGCACCUAGCUGCUCAGUAGAUACUAGUCCUUCUUUCUCCAUUUUUUUUCCCAAAUCCUUGAGACAAUAUAGGAUAUUGCCAACCAAUCCUCUGACUUGGGUACUUAGCUUUGCCCCUAUUCCAAGAGCAUGGAAGAUGAUGAAGAAGGGUACACGUGGCAGCAGAUGACAAUGGAGGAUCAAGGAUUGAGUCUGCUGAUUGGGACUCUGACUCAGUCAAUCACAGUAUUGAGGAUGGUCUCUGCCGAAAUUAAAGUUCUGACAGAACAGGAUAACCAGAGGGAAGACACUGGGUACCAUAUGCAUCUGAUGACUUCUGUCAGUUCUGAAUCCUGUACACCCUCAACCCCAAAUCAUCUCAUUGUUGCAUUUAGUUAGCUCUGUGCCUUUGAAUGGGCCUUUUCCUUUUUAUCUUGCAGUCACUCAAAUGACAUUUUAGAGAUGUUUCUUCAGUUUACAUAUUAAAAAGAUUUUUUAAAAGGCUGACCCUUCUGCAUGAGCCAGAAGAGCAGUUAAAGACAAGCAGUGCCUUGCUUCCUGUGAAAAAGGCUUGGCCGUUAGCCUUUGUAAUUAUGAAGCAAUCAUGUUAAUAGAUGUUUAAGAAUAAUGCAACUGGAGCUGUACUGUGCCAAGGAUGGAAAUGAACACGUGAGACCAUUUUUUCUUCAUCCAUCAGUACUCUUUAGUGCCCGAGAAAGGGUUUUAAUUCCAUAGGAUCCAGAAGUUUUGGACACUUUAGUUUUUCUUCCUAGGGACAAACUGGAGCUUAGUCCCCUGGAGCAUGACUCAGAAUGUAGCAUGGUUACUGCUGACGGACACCGCGCCACCUUUAUUCAGUUAGUUUGGCUUCUCCUUCUUUCAGUGGCUGCUCAAACUUCUGCCCUUACAUGCAAGGGUAGCUAAUUCCAUUACUUCUCAACAUACAUAACAAGAAAACACUAGUCUUGAAAAAUCCUGAAAAACAUGCUCCAUGGUCUAAUAAGCUUGGGGACACAAUGCAUUAUUUUUUUGCAGAAUCACAUUGCAUUGUUAGUUAAUUAAAGGUUCUGAGAACUCUUGCUGGAAAAAAAAUCACAUUUAACUUUGUUUAACUCAGCAUUUCCCAAACUUAUUUGACCAUAGAACUUUUUUUAAAGACACAUUAGGGAACUAACUGCAGAACACAGUAGUUUGGGAACCAAUAUCUUUACUGGAGUACUUGAACUUUGAUUUCCCCUUAGAAAACUAAGGGCAUUAUGAUAUACUACCCCAAAAUAUGCCCCUUUGGCAUAAGGAUUAUUUCGACCUAAAGGCAACUGAGAAGCAGCAGAUGUAGGAAGAACUCGCCUCUGCUUCUGCCAAAAAUCAGGGCAUCAAUGUCCCUUUGUAAAAGUGACCAAUUUUCAUUUGUAAAGGUGUCCCCUCUCUUCUGUACUAGGAAGAGGAAAAUAACGCUUAUUACUAGAAACAGAUGGCACUGAGAUGAGUCUGCAUAAAUAAACCUUACUAAAAUAACCCUUAUUCUCCAUUAGUUUGCCCAUAUAUUUACUUUCCCCCAAUUUGCCACCUCUAAAAGCCCAAGCCCCCUUUUUGUUUGCCUAUUUGGUUCACAAUUUAUCACUCUUUGUUAAAACAGUAUAUAAGCCUCUAAGCCUAACAACUUCUUUUGGGUUUUUACUUUUCCAUGUAACCCCCAUGGAAGUAAAGUUUAAAAUAUCAAUUAAAUUUGUAUGCUUCUCCUGUUAACCUGUCUUUUGUCCAUUUCACUAACAGGCCCCAGUCACCAACCCUAAAUAAAAAGGUAGACAUAGUUUUUCCUCCCCCCGCCCCACACACAAACUCUUAUUUUUUUUUUUCUAAUUAACCAGAGGCUGAAGUAACACAGCUGAAGAAGAAACUAGAGGUGAAGUGAUUUGUACAAAAUGUCACAUUGUAGUGUAAUUUGUUGAGUGUCAUAUGGUAUUAAUAGCAAUGUCCUGAAAAUGCAAAUGAAUAAAAGUUUGAUCAAUGU